CAUCUCAAAACCCACGAUGCUCCGGCUGCUGAGCUUUCUCCUAUUUGUGGCCCUUGCCUCGGGCUUUGGCCAGACUUCCUACAGCCUCUCCUCCCGCGUUGUCAAUGGUGAGGAUGCGGUCCCCUACAGCUGGCCCUGGCAGGUCUCCCUGCAGUAUAAAAAGAACGGGACCUUCUACCACACUUGUGGAGGCACCCUGAUCGCCCCUGACUGGGUCAUGACAGCGGGCCACUGCAUCUCGAGCUCCCUGACCUACCAGGUGGUGUUGGGCGAGUAUGACCGCUCUGAGAAAGAGGGCCCCGAACAGGUGAUCCCCGUCAAUGCUGGGGACCUCUUCGUGCACCCACUCUGGAACCCCAAAUGCGUGUCCUGUGGCAACGACAUCUCCCUCAUCAAGCUCUCGCGCAGCGCCCAGCUGGGAAACAAGGUCCAGCUCGCCAGCCUCCCUCCCGCCGGCGACAUCCUGCCCAAUGAGACACCCUGCUACAUCAGCGGCUGGGGCCGUCUCUACACCAGUGGGCCGCUCCCGGACAAGCUGCAGCAGGCCCUGCUGCCCGUGGUAGACUACGAGCACUGCUCCAAGUUGGACUGGUGGGGCAGUGCCUUGAAGAAGACCAUGGUGUGCGCCGGCGGGGACAUCCGCUCUGGGUGCAAUGGUGACUCUGGAGGACCCCUCAACUGCCCGGCAGCAGAUGGCUCCUUUCAGGUCCAUGGCGUGACCAGCUUCGUUUCUGCCUUUGGCUGCAACACCCGCAAGAAGCCCACAGUGUUCACGCGAGUCUCGGCCUUCAAUGACUGGAUUGAGGAGGUAAGCAGGACAGAGCAAGCAGCGAGGGCUCUGGGUGCUGGCUCUUCUCAGAGGUGCUGGGGGGAUGGGUGAGAACAGCAGAUCCUGAUCCUAGGAGGUCAGCAGUGGGAGUGGGGCACAUGCCAGAAGGGUUUGAGGAUGUUUUCUGCUGCAGUGUGGCCCUAAGAAUCUCAAGGGCUUCUGGGUGGAGCUUUGAGCUACUGCUGAACUUCCUUUUUUCAACAAGUGUAUAUGAAGUGCCUCCUUUGGUCCAGGUCUUUUCUUGUCAUGGAGGAUAGAGUGAUGUGUGGCUUGUGGGGAACAGACGAUUAAAUGAGCAAAAUGAUGAAAUGUGGUGGAAGCUGUGAUAGGUGAAGCUCAGGCCCCAGUGAGAAAGCAAACCUCAUCUGGCAAUGAGCGGUCAGGGAGGAUUAAUACUGUUCGUGACAAUAGGCUUAGCCACCAUUUAUGGACUCUUAAACAUAUGCCAGGCACUGUGAUGACACCUUAGUCAAUAUUUUAAUUUAAAACCCCCAUGAGGUAAGUACUAUGAUUACCCCCAUUGUACAGAUGAGAAAACUGAGGCUCAGAGAGCUCAAGUCACUCUCCCAGGGUCAUACAGCCAAUGAGUAACAUGGUUGGGAGUUGAACUCAGUUCCAUAUGGCGUCAGAAGCUGUGUUCCUGAC